UGUUCAGUAAGUAUUGGAACACCGGCCAAGGUAGUGUUAUGUGAUGUUAAGUUAAACUUUUUAAAGUGAAUAACAUAAAGGGAGUGAAUUAAGUUAAUGUGGCCUUUAUCUUAAGGAUCAAUCAAGACAGAUCCAGUUCAAAAACAUGGCGUCUGUCGAUAACAAAGAAAAUAUGACACAACCAAAAACGUUACAAGAAGCGCUUAAUGUUAUAAAAUUUUUAGAAACAACACAUAAGCAAGAGAUAAUUAAAAUGAAAGAUGCAUACCACAAACAAUCCGAAAUAGUUAAAAAAUUAGAGGUCAACAGAAAAAAGGAGCUCGAAUUCUUAUCUAGUGAGUUGCAAAAAUAUGAAAUUAACUUAGCUUUGAGAAUGGAAUCUGUAACAGUACAACUCACACAAAAAGACGAAAUAAUUCGUAAACAAGCUGAGAUAAUAGAAGAACUUAACAAAAAGUUAAGCCAUAACUUCUCAAUCCCAGACAUAAACAUCGUAGAUUCGAAUUCCGAUUCAGGCGUAGCAUUAGAAGAAACGGUAAUAAGUAAAAACGAAACUAAGGCCGAAGUAAAAGCAACUAGAAAAUGCAGUCGGAAAUUCACAGAUCCCAUAGGAUUCCUUCGCAGGGUAGAUUUCUCACCUAUGAAAUACAAACCAAGUAAUAGAGAAGUCAAAAAGAAGGAAGACAAAAAGAAACACCACGAUACACAAUUAACAGAAAACAGAAUUUUAGUGCCACAAUUUAGUAAUGGUAAGGUUACAAGUGAUGAUGAAAGAAACACUGGUGAAGAUGCAGGUCUCUCUGACAGCUUAACAGAACCUGUUAUGAUCAAACCGAAGAAAUUAAACGAAAGUAUGAACAAUCACUUCUCAGACGAUGGUAGUGAAGACACCAGUGAGGAAAUUUUCGAUCGAGUUAUGACGAGAAAUAGCAUCAGACGAUCAGUCAAAGCUAAUCCGAAAUAUAAAAAAAUCAACAGAACGAAAUCAAAACUUCUGGAACAAGUGAAAGUUAACAUCGUUGAUUAAAUAACAUUUUACAUAUAUUUUUUCUACUUAA